UAUUAUUAUUAUUUUUUUCAACCUCACUUGUGUUGUUGUGUUGACGUUUAGAAUGAACAUUGAUAGGUAGCUAUGACUCAUUUCGAAAAGGCGAUAUUCGUGAAUGCGGAACUUUUGUCGAAGGGCCCCUAGCGGACGCUGGGCAUGAAAACAGGUUGCACCAGUGGAAGACCGGAAGCUAUUCUCGCUGUUUUGUUGACAUAAACUGAAUCAAUGGCAGUCGUAACAAAUGUGCAACUCCUCCGGAGAACAAAAAGAACAAUUUAAAUUGUUUCCACGGCGUCAACCUAACAUUACUCCCUGUGUAAUAUGUUUAAAAAGAUGACAGAAUUCGGUCCAGAUUCCGGUGGUCGGGUUAAGGGAAUCACUAUUGUGAAGCCCAUCGUGUUCGGGAACGUCGCUCGCUACUUCGGUAAGAAGCGAGAGGAAGAUGGGCACACUCAUCAGUGGUCUGUCUAUGUGAAACCCUACAGGAAUGAGGAUAUGUCAGCCUAUGUGAAGAAGAUCCAAUUUAAGCUUCACGAAAGCUAUGGUAACCCACUAAGAGUGGUGACCAAGCCGCCCUACGAGAUCACAGAGACGGGCUGGGGGGAGUUUGAAAUCACCAUCAAGAUCGUCUUCAUCGACCCCAACGAGAGAUCUGUGACUCUUUACCAUCUGUUGAAGCUCUUCCAGUCCGACUCCAGCGCCAUGCCGAAGAAAACGGUCGUGUCCGAAUUCUAUGAUGAAAUGAUUUUCCAGGAUCCGACUGCCAUGAUGCAGCAGCUCCUGACCACAUCGAGGCAACUCACACUGGGCGCUUACAAGCACGAGACAGAGUUCGGCGAGCUGGAGCUUAGGACCAAGGAGAAAAUGGAGGCGGCCAAGAAGAGAACCAGUCAGGAGAUCUCGGAGCUGAAAGACAAGCUGAAGGCCAGCAGGGAGAACAUCAACCACCUCAAGAUGGAGAUCAGGAGACUGGAGGAAGAUGGAGACCACAAGGAGCAUUGACUGAACAUCUCACACGUACACACAAAAACUUUGAUAGCUCCCCGUCCCUUUUUUAAACAUUUUUUUUGAACAGGUUUAUUUGUCGUAGUCUUUUGACAUUUUCAUUUAAAGAAAAAGUUGUCAACACCA